CGGCGGCUGCGGAAGGGCUAGAAACAUGGCGGCUCCGGGGGCCAGCGGGCCGAGCUCGGCCUCCAACCCGAGGAAAUUCAGCGAGAAGAUCGCACUGCAGCGGCAAAGACAGGCGGAGGAGACGGCGGCCUUUGAGGAGGUCAUGAUGGAUAUCGGCUCCACACGGUUACAGGUACAGAAGCUGAGAAUGAACCACAUUCGAGGUCCUUAUUAUGGAGGAUCCCUUCCUAACGUAAACCAGAUUGGAAGCGGCACGGCGGAUUUUCAGGGUUCCCCACAUUCCCCUUCGGACCCUACUCGCAGCACACGACACCACGGCUUAGUGGAGAGAGUGCAUAGAGACCCCCGACGUAUGAUGUCACCACUGCGUCGCUAUAUGCGUCAAAUCGAUAGCUCCCCGUAUGGUGUUUCCUACCUUUCCCCGCACCAGGAUCCCAGCUUGAGAAGGAACCUGCCAUGGGGAAACUACCCCUCGGACACAGGACAGCUGUUCAGGCUGCCUACUGCAUUAAACAGAACAAACUCCGACUCAGCCCUGCACACCAGCUUAAUGAACCCCAGCUCUCAGGACCCAUACCACAACCCUUCACAGAUUGUACACCCUGCUAGCAGGAGGAGCGCAUUUGCCUUCCCUGUCCCAGCGAUCGAGGAAAACCUGCAGUCAGAUGGCAAACACUUACUGAAACCAAGCGAUACCAAGAAACUCCCAGCAUCCUCUGCUCGACCAAAGUCCUGUGAAGUUCCUGGAAUUAACAUUUACCCUUCCAUGGACCAGUCUGCCAACAUGCCCUCCGUGCCCAAUGUACUCAGUACUGGGGGAUCACUGCCUGAUCUGACAAACCUGCACUCUCCCCACCCUACCCCACGGGAUGCUGAGGAUUCUGGUUUCAAAAGCCUGAGUGGGGGGAAUAGCACUGGCAAUCUUGCCAACACCAUGACCCAUCUGGGCAUAAGCCGGAUCGGUCUGACACCAGCCUAUGAUUCAUCAGGUUUCCCGUCACUGAGCCGUCCAUCUCUGCAAUCAUCUCUCAGCAACCCAAACCUACAGGCUUCACUAAGCAGCACCUCUCUGCAGAGUUCCUUCAGCAACCCAUCUCUGCAGUCCUCGCUCAGCAGCCAAUCCUUGCCCUCCUCUCUCAGUAAUCAGUCAAUUUCCCCUUCUGCCAGCAACCACAGCCUGCAAUCUGCUUACAGCACUCCUUCCUCACCUUCUUCGUCAUCCUCAUUUCCGCCACUUGCGCCUGCCUCCAUGAACACCUCCCCACGCCGUAGGGUUCCACUUAGUCCCCUUUCACUGCCAAUGGCGGGAGAUUCCAGGAGGCCACACCAGAAGCAGUUCUCCCCUACAAUGUCCCCUACUCUUUCUUCUAUUACACAGGGAGUCCCUUUGGAUACAAGCAAACUGCCAGCAGAUCAAAGGCUGCCCAUGUACCACUUCAAUCUUCCAAAUUUAAUACAGCAACCACAGCAUCUGUCUCAGCAAACAGUGCAUCCCUCUCAGCAUCCUGUAAUGUAUUCAACACAGCAAACAAUGCCUCACCAGCCAACACAGCAACAAAUGCCUCAGCAGCCAACACAGCAAACAAUGCAUCAUUCGCAGCAGCCGGCACAGCAAACAAUGCAUCAUUCGCAGCAGCCGGCACAGCAAACAAUGCAUCAGUCGCAGCAGCCGGCACAGCAAACAAUGCAUCAGUCGCAGCAGCCGGCACAGCAAACAAUGCAUCAGUCGCAGCAGCCGGCACAGCAAACAAUGCAUCAGUCGCAGCAGCCGGCACAGCAAACAAUGCAUCAGUCGCAGCAGCCAACACAGCAAACAAUGCAUCACUUGCAACAGGCAGCACAGCAAACCAUGCAUCAGUCGCAGCAGCCGGCACAGCAAACCAUGCAUCAGUCACAGCAGCCGACAAUGCAUCAGUUGCAACAGGCAGCACAGCAAUCAAUGAAUCAGUUGCAACAGGCAGCACAGCAAGUAAUGCAUCAGUCGCAGCAGCUGGAAGAGCAAAAAAUGUCUCGAUCCCAAUAUUCGGCUCAACAAAUAAUGCAUCAGUCGCAGCAUCAAGCAUCGCAGUCAAUGCAUCAAACACAGCAUCCAUCGUCGCAGUCAAUGCAACAGUCGCCGCAAACCUCAUCGCAAUCAAUGCGUCAGUCGCAGCAUCCAUCAUCACAAUCAAUGUAUCAGUCACAGCAGGCAGCACAUCAAGCAAUGCAUCAGGCACAGCAGGCAAUGCAUGAGUCACAGCAUUCUGCACAGCAAGCAAUGCAUGAGUCGCAGCAUUCAGCACAGCAAGGAAUGCAUGAGUCACAGCAUUCAGCACAGCAAGCAAUGCAUGAGUCACAGCAUCCAGCACAGCAAGCAAGGCAUCAGUCGCAGCAAGCAAUGCAUCAGUCGCAGCAGGCAGGACAACAAACAAUGCAUCAGUUUCAGCAGGCAGGACAACAAACAAUGCAGCAGUCGCAGCAGUCGGCAGAGCAAACCAUGCAUCAGUCGCAGCAGCCGACACAGCAAACAAUGCAUCAGCCGCAGCAGUCGGGAGAGCAAACCAUGCAGCAGUCGCAGCAGCCAGCACAGCAAUCCAUACAUCAGUCGCAGCAGCCGGCACAGCAAACCAUGCACCAGUCGCAGCAAACAGUACAUCCCUCUCAGCAGUCUUCAUAUCAGUCACAUCAAACACUGAACCAAUCUUCACAGCGCCAGUCUCGGCAACAUUUGCAGCAAAUGCACGAAGACCAACCACCUCCUUAUCAAGAUUUACAGAAGCCAUCAAAUUACUUCUCUUUAUGCCAGCAGAAUUCAGGGGGUCAGCCGUAUCAGCAUCUGCUUGGUUUUAACCUCAGCACUUUUGAGCAGUCUAACAUGGAGAGUUCAAAUGGGCGGCAGGAUCCAAGCAGUGACGCCUUCUUCGGAGAUUAUCAUCAUGUUCUCACGGAUGACCUGAGUGGUAGCAGUGUCUACAACCCGCAAUCCUUAAAUAAACAGAACCUCAACAAUUGCAGCCGGCAUGACCCCAUCCCAAAUAUCAUACUCACAGACGUGGAUUCUUCUCCUGGUUUAUCCAAAGAGAUUACCACCGCUUUGUCCUGCAUCCCUGGUUUUGAAGUGGAUCAGUCACUGGGAUUGGAGGAUGACUUGAACAUUGGACCUCUUACCUUGGAUGGACUCAACAUGCUCACAGACCCUUAUGCCAUCCUAACAGACCCAAUGGUGGAAGAUUCAUUUCGCUCUGACCGUCUGCAAUGAAGACUGAUGGCUUAACAGGUCUAGAGCAGACUUUUUCUAAAUCCCCUGUGAUUAUAAAGAAACCCCGGGAAGUUCCCAUGGCUUCACGAGUGUCAAGAGGUCAACCUACAGAAUGGUCCAAACAACCAAAGAUGAAAUUGCAGAAGAGUUUAGUUAACCUAGACCUGUGUGACUGAGACACAAGCAAAUAUGUUGUUAAGCCAAGGGAUGUAAGCAUAUUGGGUUAUUUUCUAUAACUUGCUUAACCCAAAACCGCCCAGCCCAUGAUUGUUAUAAUGCGACACUUGGAGAAAAAACGUUUACAGAAAGCCAUGGGGUGUUCCUGCUGGUUAAGAGCAAAGCAUACCCCACUUAUGUCAACUUCCAAGCCAACAAAGUUCAUAAACUGAUGCAGCAGAUAAGGUGGUCACUCCUGCGAUUGGAACCUGACCCUGCUACUUGCAGUCUGUAUAUAAACAUGGCCUUUCCUUGGUUACUCUCAUCCGGGCCGGUUAUUCUGUGGUAGUUGGAGACUGGUUCGCUUGCCACUGGGCAAUGCGCCAACCUGUCAAGACAUUCUGCCUUCUGUGUGGUAUUGGCUCUGGCAGCCCACGGGUGAACCCAAGCCUGCCAAACUUGAACAUCAAUUUCUAAACUAUUGUCUUUGUUUUGUAAAAUGAAAAUUGUAUUUUAUUUACUGAUUUUUGAGAAAAGAAUAUGUAUUUGUACUGGGUUGUUUUUUUUUUUUUUACAUUUUUAUAAUUAUGUGUUUAACAAGAACCAGGACUGGUGUGCUGAAGCACUUUAUGUGAGAAGUAGGGAGCAUGCUAAAAUCCCACAAUCCUUUGCGUUAAUGGUCUGGCACUUCAUUAUAAAUCAGAGCCUCUCGCAUAUCUUUUUGCAGCACUUAGUUCUCCUCAAUUGGACAGUGUGGUAUUGAAGGAGAAUUACCCUCCCCGAACAAAAAAGGACAUCACAUUUCAGAGUUUUGUGUAUACCCCAGUGGAAAGACAGAGGUGCACCACUUACUGUGUGAAUGGUAGCAGGAUAUGGAAACUUGUGCCGUGAUUACAGUUUUUUUUACGAAGAGACCACAUUUGGUUAAUCCCAAAUCACUUCCUGUUGGAGCUUUAAAAACAACUGCUCUCACUACCUGCACAGUCAAAAUUUCAACGGUUACAGAAGCUUUAGCACAGGUGAGUCAGUAAACUUGGCUGAAGGACUGAUUGAUUUGAAGUGUCCGUAGGAUAAAACUCUUCUGGGCAGUGGGAGCGAUAAUGUAGAAAGACCACAAUCAAGACAUAACACUUUGUGAACUACAACUUGUUUUUUAAUUGUACUAACAUACCCCAAGAAGUGAUACCAGUAAGUGUUGCUGUGAAUACAGAUGUUAUCCAUGGCAUUAAUAUAGUGUCAGAUAACGUUCUGCCCUGCCUGGAGAGCUUGCAAUCAGACAUUGUAUUUCACAAUGAGAGCAAGUGAUUGGAGCACAUAUAGAAGGUCCAGACAUGACCCUGACAUGCAGCAGGCUGUAUGGCUGUAGUUGGGUCACAAUACUUCAGAUGAGGGGAAAUAAUGGUUACGUUUUCCUACACAGGAAUUUUAGAGGUAACACAGGCUCCAUCCUACUAUAAUCACUAGAGAUCAGGGGAGCCAAAAGGUAGGACUUUGGCUGUUCUAAGACUACAGCUCCCAAAUAGCUUUUUUUGGAGUAAAGGGGCACCCUGGGUAUCAAUAUAGCUUUAGUGCAUUUUGGCAAUGACUGUGCUAUGUACAUACCCUUGAUAAGGAAGUCUUUUAAUGGAUUAAGGGGGCAUAUCUAAGGAGAAAGGCAUAUGGGGCAGCAUUCUGCAAAACAUUUAAUUAAUUUAUUUAUUUUAUUUCCAAAAACUAUAAAGAAAUGAGCAUGCCCAAAAUAUCGCAUAUAAAUGUGGCCAAGACCUUUAAAGUUGUAUUGGUGCCCGGAGUGUCCCUUUAAGCCUUAUCUGUUUGACUAUCUCUGUACUAGGCAGGUUUUCAAAUGGGAAAUUUGAGCUUCCCCACUAAAUGUAUUAACAAUAUUGAUUGGUUUUAUCCAUAAUGUCCCAGCCAUUUUGAUUGGAGAGACCACAUUGUAGCUCGGAUUUACCAACUAACGAAGAGAAUGCUGUGUAUGUUGUGUGGAUAAAUAUGCCUAGUUAGACUGUAAUACUUAGUCCAUCUUACCCGAAGACUUUACAAUGGUCUUUAGUGCACCUCUUAAUUUAAUCCCUAGUUCUCAGUCCCCCCCAAAAACCACUGAUGGUUUGCUGUCAUAGCAGUGUGGUCUGUUCCAAAAUGGAAUGCGUACUCAUUUAAAAACACCACACCGUCCAUGAUGGUGUAUGCCAUUUAGGAACCCGGUUGUUAUAAUUGAUUUCGUUCUUAAUGGGUUAAAGGGGCUCUAUAAGUACCAUCACUACUACAGCUCCUUGGAGUUGUUGUGGUGAAAUAGUGUUUGGACUCAAUUCCUUCUGAUUAAUGUAAAACUAUUUUCAAACAGUUUAACAAUAAUUGGGUCUCUGUUGUCACCUACUGCCACUUGUCUGAUGUGGAAGCUGAAUUCUGACUGCAAAUUUAGCCUGGGCCAUCUUUAAUAUUCUGUCACUUCAUUAGGUAGCUGCCCUUUGAUGUUCAAAUAGUCUUUUUUUUACUUAAACAACUGUACAGAGCCCGCUCACCCCUGGAGCAUUUUAACGGUUAUAUGGUGAUAUUGUGAUUUGUUGCUUUGAGCAAUUGUUUUUUUGUUUUUGUUUUUCUUUCUUGUUAAGCAACUUAAAAAUGCAACUGUUCAGUUCUGUGAGCGUCAAUGAAGCCAGGAUUUUGCAAUAUCUACCAUUCCAGGCGCUGUUGAUGAGAUUUUCCCUUGGUGGUAUGAAGACUGUGCUAUUUAGAAUUAAAAACCCAUAGCACUUUAAAUCGGUAGCCUCUGCUGUCACAGAGCUGAGAUUACAUCAGAGCACUUUGUGAUGUCAUCCUUGCACUUAUAUUCCCACUGUGUUAUAUUAGCCAAUCAUGUUCCUUCACAUUGAACAGUGCAGGAAACUAGGAUAUAUAGAGAACAUGACAAUGGGCAUUCUGAUUGGCUGAAAUGGUUGAAAACGUGUCUUUGCAUAUGUGCCUUGUCUCUGCAUAUUGUGUUCCCUACAAUCUAAUUUUAUACAUGGGUUCCUCUUACAUUGUCUUAAAAGAAGGAUAUUUUUUUAUAAGAAGCAGUUUUUUCCCCUGUAAAUAAUGUAUUUUUGUUCUUGUAGCGCCUAUUUUGCCAACAAAACAUUGAAGUGGAGAAUGUUACUGUCUUUCGGGUAAAAAGGAUUCAGGAAAUCCGCCCUCUUGUGUCACCCUAGAGAAUUGAAUCUCCCUUCUAGCACUUAAGCAGCUAAACAUGGCUGUAAUAUUUUUAUUUUAUCAUUUUUAGAAUCACUCCCUGUAGCUGUAACUGCGGCAACCUGUGCCACAGGGAAGUAAUGACCUUUAUGACAUAUAUGAAAAUAUAUAUAAAAUAUUUUUUUUGUUCAACAAAUGGUGUAGAAAUGUAUAUAUUUGUACUGAAGUUGUCCUUUUUAUG